AUGGUAGCGCCCGCCGCCGAAGCAUUCGCGACGUCCCCCAGCAUCACCGCCAAGGAACUCGACUCGGCGCGACGUCCCAUUCUGGCGAUUGCUACACACACACACAUCAUUGCCAAUUUCAGCAUCUUUGUCCUUUCGGAACCCGUCGUUUCAUUGAGAUAUGUUUUCCGGACGUUGAAGGACGGUGGGUUAGCGGCAAGCCUGACACGGAAAAGGGUCUGGCUUGGGGCUACAAUACGCAAGGCGCAGAGGGCGGUUCGUCCCGGUACCCGUCGUCCCGCCUCCAAGGUCGCAAUUGUUUUGCAGGAAAGCCUAGCAGCCAAGGCAAUGGAGGAUACGGUAUUUGUAAGAGCCAAGAUGACGAUUCUGGUGAAGGGGGAUUCUGGCAAGAUGUCGACAGAGGGCUGGAGCGCUUUCGAUAGGGAGAAGUGGGAGGCGGCUGUUGAUGGAGCGCUGAAAGAAGAGAUUGAUGCCUUUGGGGAGGGUGAAGUUUGA